CCCUAUAGGGGCGCGGCACCGGUUUUGAAAGCGAGGCUGCUGGGACGACGACGACUCGUGCAGCAAAGGUGCUCCCGACCACGAGUUCUUCGAGUUCUUCGAGUUCUUCUGCUUCCCGGACGGACGCAGCGAGAGACCGGCGAGUUGCCAUGCAGUCUCCCAGCAACACCCUUGGGUACAGAGCUAGCUUUGCCGAAGAGGCAAAGGUCAUUUCGGAGCAGCUGCAAGGUCAGGGGGGAGCAGAUAUAUCUACCAUAGAAGCCGAGCUCCCACCUCCCGACUUGAGUUCCUCCGCCUCUUUUCUGGACCUACCAAGCAGUGACGAGGCCCAGGUGCAGCCCAGUGACCGCUCACUUCCCCCCGCUAUUCUCGACCCUGUGCAGGAGCCUUCCCCGGCCACCCCCAGUGACCAGGGCCUUCUGUUUCUCAAAAGGCUGCCAGCUUUUGAGGAGGCUGCCAGCCCUGGCAGUCUGGUCAGAUGGGAGCUCUGUAGCCUGUCGCCUGAUGCUGUGCAGGCUGCUGAUCCCUGCUCCUUGGCCCCCCAGCCAAGCACUGAGCUCAAUAAGACCUGUCUGCUUAGCUCAGGCACUCCCCUGCCUCAAGCAGCCCAGCCAGAAGGCAGCCAGGCUCCAGAUGACCAGGCCAGUGAGGAAGGGGCUCUCCUCCAAGUGCAGGACCUCUCAGACAUCCUCAUCAAUAACACUUUCUUCUUUAGCAGGGCUCCCUUUGGGACCUGCACCCCACAGGGAGCUCCAAAACCGCUGAGGCUGCUUGAAGGGGCAUUUUUUUUCCCCUUCCCAGAGAUCCCCCAAGCUCAGGAAGCACCCGGUGUGGCUGAGGCGGCCCAGCCCAGUGCCAGACGCCCCCAGAGGCCUCGAGUAGCCACAGGCAGCCCGCCUAAGGCCACCCCAAAAAGUGGCCCUCUGGGGAAGCUGGGCCAGGAGAACCGAUCCCUGGCUGGGGCCUCUUUAGCUGUUUCCAGGAGGGAGCAUCAGGCCCUUCCUCUGCCUGGGCAGAAAAGAUGGUCACCUGUCCCCUUCAAAACUUCCCACUUGCCUGUCCUGUGCAAGUCCAGAAGGGAACCCUUGGCAUCUCCAGGAGCUAGGCAGCAGAAAGGCAGGAUCUGUGAGGCGGGCAGGAUGAAGGAAGCAGAACCACCUGCCAAGGCAGGGAAUAAUCCACCCUCGGCAGUCAAGGUGUCUCAAUUCCUCCACAGCAAAUCGACGCCACCUCGAAUCUUGCAUCAGAGGGGUCCCAGUGCUUGGGACUCUAAAUCCAGGGACCCUCAGGCAGCUCGAAUUUUGAAGCCCUUGCCUUCUAACCAGGGCACCCGAUCCAGAGUCCCAUCCAGGACAGAUGAGCAGCCCGCCAAGCAGGACGGGAAGCCCCAGCCUUCUUCAGGACGGACGUGCCUCCAGUGCCUUGUGCUGCAGAAGCAAGUGGAAGACCUCAAAAGCCAACUAGCCGCCAUGCAGUGCCUUAGCGGGGAGCUCCAGGGCCUUCAAGGCGUGGCCCGGGAUCCGUCCACAACAAACACCGGGGGCACCACCUGAAUGCCAGGCCCCGGACUCCAGGGCCCUCUCCUCCCAAGGCGGGCCCUACCAUGGAGUCUUUCCGGGUCCUUGUCUCCUUUCCUCCUCCCUCACCCCCGUUCCCCACCCUAGGACAUUGGAGCUAAGCGCACGGGUGGGGGUCUCCCAGUUCUGACUGGAGGCCAGUUGGGGCCAAGUUUUGUUGAGAGGCCUCAUCAUCGCAGGCUGUUAGCACAGUGACCUCCGGCUGCUCUUCUGAGUGGUUGUUCCCGUUCCCGUCCCCAUCCCCCACUUUAGGUGGAAAUGCCAGGAGAGAGCUGGGUUCAAAUCUCACUCACAUCUGGUGCCUCACUGACUGUGUUACUCUGGGCAAGUCACUUCAUCUCCGAGUUCCCUCAUUUGUGAAAUGAGGCUAAUGAUUUCUUCCUGUUUCGACCCCAGUUGUUGUAAGACUCGGACGAGAUGAUCUAUGUGAACUGCUUCAAGCAUCCUUAAAGGCUCUCCUGGAUUUUGUUCCAAAGGGCUUGGAUGCCAGAGCAUGCACACUGGGAGAAGGCAUUUCCUGACUGGGAGUUCAUCCCCUCCUCCCAGACCCCACUCUUCUUUCUGUUUCCUUUGGAGUGAUUUUAAGUGAUCAUAGAAGUGGAAGGGGCCAUCCCUUGUGCAGAUGAAACUGAGGCCCAGGGAAACCAAGUAACUUGCGCAGCGUCACGCAGAGCACAAGCGUCACAGUUAGGCUUUGAAUGCAGGCUCUCUCGCCUCAGACAAAUUUGGAAGCCUUUAUGGUAGCCCAGGCAAGAAUAAUAAAGCAGUUUGAGUGGCAAAGGUGGAGGCAGGUCAGAAACGUUGACUGGCUUGGAUUUGGCCUGGGUUUGUUUGGGGAGGGGAGUGGGUUAUCAUGGUAUUGAUGGAGUUUGAGAUGUCAGUGGGACCAGGGGAGAAUGUCUGAUAAGAAUUUGGUAGUGUGAACGGUUCUGGAGAUGAGAAGAAGGCUUGUGGAGGCCAGGACUCCCUCUGGCUGCUGGAGAGGCCCAGCUGAUCCAUGUGAGGUCAGGGAAGCAGCCAGCCCUUCUGUCUCGUCCACAGCGAGGCCUCUUUAGGGUCAGUCUGCUGCGUUGUUAAGUUUUUAGCAAGGUUCAGGCAAGGGGAAGGCGUCCUUUUAGAGGGUCAAGAAAUACAGGUCAGCCAGAUAGUGUUGUCAUCAUUCAGUUUAAAUCACAUUUUCAAAACAGAAAGAGAAAUUCACAGGUCAUACACAGUCCUCUUCCUUGCCUGUUGAAAUGUUUGUGUUGCUGUUUAUGUUUAAUAAUAAAGAAAAUGUCAGAAA